CCGCCAUUUCCAACAAAGGGGUAUCGAAUUAGAGUCGGCAUUUUUAACACGCAUUAAGAUGGCAGGAGUAAAUUCUGAUUAUGUCAAUGAACUAAAAAAUGAACUUGGACGGAUUGAACAAUUUGAUGUGAAAUUGGUGCAAACAGCCCGUAUAUUAACAGAAGAAAUAAAGAAGGCAGAAGGUGGAAGUAAGAAGGUAAUUCCUACAGUUGAAGCCCAUCACAACAGACCACAGGGAGUAGCUGUCAAAGUAAAAAUUCCACAGAAUGAAUACCCCAAAUUUAAUUUUGUUGGAAAAUUAUUGGGUCCAAAAGGUAUGUCACUUAAGAGGUUACAAGAAGAAACAGGGACAAAGAUGUCAAUUCUUGGAAGAGGAUCAAUGAGAGACAAAGCAAAGGAAGAUGAACUGAAGAAAGAGGGUGGAAAAUAUGCCCAUUUAAAUGAAGAGCUGCAUGUCCUUGUCGAAGUAUACAGUGAAAUUUCAGAUGCUUAUGCCAGGCUCUCCCAUGCUUUAUCAGAACUGACUAAAUUUUUAUCGCCGGAGUACAAUGAUGAAAUACAUCAGCAACAAAUGGAGGAGAUGAUGUAUCUGAAUGGAGAGAAAGCAGCAGGAGCAGGCAGUGUACCUGGUGUGGGUGGACGAGGGAGAGGAAGAGGUGGUCCAGGAGCCGGAGGAAGAGGAGGUCUCCUAACCUCACCUGCUGGAAGGGGAGCGCCCCCACCUAGAGGAGCACCUGCAAGAGGUGCCCCACGUGGUGUCCCAGCCCCUCGAGGAGCUCCUGCAGGACGAGGUAGACCAGCACCUCCACCACCUCCUCGUACAGAAACAUACGACGAUUACAGCACUCAGGCUUAUGAAGAUCCAUAUGCAGAUCCCUAUGCUAGAGAUCCAUAUGCAGAAACAAGCUAUGCUGCAGGAGAUACACAGUACUUUGACUAUGGUCAUGGCUCAAGUGCACAAGGUUAUGAUGAUGGGUAUGCCAAAGAGAGUGGAUGGUCUGCAGGAGGUAGUUCCUUUAAAGCCCCACCAGCACCCCGUGGGGGACGUGGACGUCCCCACCCCUAUGCUAGUGCACGAGGAGGCUACUAAGAGCACUGAUCGCCCACUGAUGCCAACUCUUUUAUCACUCAUAUUUCACACAUCAUGUUUACUUAGGUACUUUGUUACCUUUCAGAAUAGACUAAAUCAUGUAGCCCUUCUGAAUGAUCUGAUGGAAACUCAUAGAUUUAAAUCCUAACUUUUGAACAUCAAAAUUAAAAUCCCAUGAUUAUUUUCAGUUUCAAAUGGCUACAAAAGUUGUAUUCUCUUCACAGUUCGUUGAUGUCAAAGAAGGCAAAUUAAAAUUGUGUUGUAAACCUGGUGUACCUGUAUAUAUAUAUAAAAAAAAAACUUAAAAGUA